UGGUUUUAUUGAUUUUGGGGGUAAGAGAAUUCAUCUCCUUCGCUUGGACAACUCACUCUCUCGCCAGAAUUAGAAAGAAUCCAGUUCUUCACAGAUCUACCAUUAAUUUUCUGGAAAUUUCAGCUUCUUCACAGAUCUGCCAUUAACUUUCUAGAAAUCUCAGGUUCUUCACGGUUUAUUCCAGGCUCCAUUUCGAUCUCCUUUAGAAGUUUUUUAGUUUGAUCUCACAUUUCCAUGGCAAAUGCCUGGAAAAGAGACAAGGCACCGAAACUCCUCUCGCCGAUUUCUCUGUUCUUCCUCUUUUCAUUCUGCAUCCUCAUCAUUUUCUUCUUCCUAUUCGGUAACUCGAAUCCUUCAGAGCAAUCCACUCCUAGUUUCACAAUCAAACCCGAUUUUCCUUUCCGAUCAAUCUCUCCCUUCGAUUGCUUCAAAUGCCCUCAAUCCUUCCCGGUUAUCGCCAACGUUGUGGAAGGAGUUCGAUAUCCGUUUCUGUUUUCGAUCGCGGAUUUGGGGAAUUUGCCCGAUAAGCCCCACAAGAACAUUGUCAGGAUGCUGAAGGGAAAGCCCUUUCGUAAGCCGGAUAUUUCGGUGACGAUUCAGGAGGUUUUGGAGAAGAUGAAGAGCGAUUCUAGAGAUGGGUAUGUUGUUGAUGUGGGUGCUAAUGUGGGAAUGGCUAGCUUCGCUGCUGCUGCGAUGGGUUUUCGUGUUUUGGCAUUUGAGCCGGUUUUUGAAAACUUGCAGAGAAUUUGUGAUGGAAUUUAUCUGAAUAGGGUUGGGGAAUUGGUGAAUGUGUUUGAGGCUGCUGCAUCUGAUAAGCUUGGGAACAUCACUGUUCAUAAGGUAUUAUCUGGUUCAUAAAAUCAAUCUUUACAGUCUCAUUUGCGAUUACAUUUUGUUGGAUCUCAAAACUUUGCAUGCUGAUGCUAGUGUUGUGUUGAGGAUUGUUGGGAGGGAGUCCGACAUUAGCUAAUUUAGAGGAUGA